CAAGUGUAUGUAUACCUCUCAACCGCAAAUUACAAGCUUGUGUUGUCAAUGGCGCGAGGUUUUCUUAUUUCUUCACAGACCAAAACAUCUUCACAUUUACUCCUAAACUCCAUUUAUGAAACUUCAAGAUUAACAAAAUUCCUAUAUUACCCUUCUUCAUCUCUUCGUUUCUCUCUUUCUACUUCUUUUUCUUCUCGGUUUCUGUGCAGUUAUUGCAGUCACAGCCAAGAAAAUGGCCCAAUUGACAUGUCAGUAUACUCAGACACAUUUGCAAAGCGUAUGGCUAUGGCUGGUCUCAAACCCCAUCAUCCUAUUGUUUUGGGCGUUUCUGGUGGCCCUGAUAGCAUGGCUCUUUGUGUCUUAACUGCUACAUGGAAAGCCAAUGCCCUUGGUGUUGCUGCACAAAAGAACGAGUUCGUUGACGGGCUCUUGGCUGUGGUAAUUGAUCAUGGACUUCGUGCUGAGAGUAAAGAUGAGGCCAGCCUUGUUCAUCGUCGAGUCACAAGCAUGGGAAUCAAAUGUGAGAUUGCUUGCUGUGACUGGUCAGAAGGCAAACCAAAGCAGGGUCACUUGCAAGAAGCGGCUCGCCGGAAGAGGUAUGAAAUUCUCCAAAGUGCUUGCAUCCGGCAUCAGAUUGGUGUGUUGAUGACUGCGCACCAUGCAGAUGACCAGGCGGAACUAUUGAUUCUCAGGUUAUCUCGUAAUAGUGGUGUACUUGGACUUGCUGGAAUGGCGUUUGUAUCACAGCUGUUCUGUACAUGUCCAGAUUUAAGUGCUGAAGCGAGUGGCAGCGGACUUUUAUUGGUGAGACCUCUCCUGGAGUUUUAUAAAGAAGAUAUGUACAAGAUAUGUCUAGGUGCCAAUCAAGAAUGGGUUGAAGAUCCCACGAACAGAAGUGCAUUAUUUGCUCGUAAUAGAAUUCGGAUGAUAUUGACUGACUUGGCGUCACCUAUCUUCAGAUCUGAGUUGCAAGCACUUAUUGAUGCUUGUCGGAGAACAAGGUUGCAUGUUGACAUAAUUUGUUCCAACUUGAUGCAUCGAGCUGUGACUAUCAUGCCUGAAGGGUAUGCGGUGAUUGAGUUAGGAAUUCUCAAUCCUUCAGAAUUGAAGGACAUAAUUCUCUCCAAGUUUAUUGCUCUGUUAUUGCAGUUUGUUUCACAAAGGCAAAGGCCUGUCAGAGGCAGUGCAUCAAAAUUGAUAUUAGACUACAUUCGGACUUCCCCAUGCAAGACUGCUGUUACUGCAUCCGGUUGUUACCUUUGUCCUGGUCCUGGCUCCAGAGGCACUAAAGUAUUGGUUUGCUGCUCAACUGAUGCUGAUUUGACCUUAGAGUUGUUAAAUCCAUACUUGACUGAAGGAAAAAACUGCUCUAUAUCAAAUGAGGUAGAGCAAAUUGUAGCAAAUGGGAGGUCAUACUCAGAUCAGUUCCCUCAAAGUACACUCGGAAUGCAAUUUUUGGACUUAACAUCUUCUGAUACCGUUCUAGCUGAAGCCAAAAGGGAAGGCAUUCUUGGUGAAUCUACCUACAAGAGCAUUAUUUCUCUACAGAGAGAGGAAAGCGAUAAUUUCAAGUCCAAAACUAAUAUUGUGCUCGAGAACAAGAUGGAACAGAAAAUAGAAUACACAGCUUCUGCUCCAAGCGAAGUUCUCCAUCCUAAAAAAGUUGGGUACUUCAUGAACAGAUUUAUAGUGAAGUGGUAUCUGAGCAAGCAAAACGCUGAUCAACUCCAAGAUUUUGAAGAAGAAAGAUGGAACUUUUGCAAUUCUUGUGUCCUUGGCCAUGAUCUGGCGGCCAGGGUACGUUACAUGGUCGAUGCUGAUUGGUUGUACCUAGCAACAUUAUCAAAGAGAGGGGAUGGAAGCAACAUAAACUUGUGUUCUGCUUGUACAAAGAAAUCAGCUGAAGGAGCUCUCCUCUUAUUGAAAUCCAUUCCGGUUGCUGCAAGAAGAGCUUUACCUGUCUUGGUCAAUGUGGAUGGGGUGUUGCUAAGCAUACCAAGUGUGGGUUUCCAGCACUGUCCUUACUUGGUGGCGUCCGCUACGUUUAAGCCAAAGAUACCGCUGGGUGGAGGUUACAGUUCAUUCCUCUAGUUGUUUUACAUUGUAACCAAUGUAAACUUGUUUAGUGACUUAUCAUGAUUAGUGUAGCUGGCCCUCCAGUACCCAAGGUUGGAGCAAUUCUCUGCUGGAGAUGGGUAAUUGGAGGGCAUUGUUCAAUUAGGGUGCAAUGACACGUCUAAUUAAAAUUACCAUAGCUACAUUUGCAUGUAAAAUAAUUGAUAAUUAACGUCUUGUAAUUCACAACCAAGGGUCGGCCCAGUGGUCAAUGAAGUGGAUUGAGAAUUGGGUCUUAGGUUCAAACUGUAGCAGAGGCAAAAACACUAGGUGACUUCUUCGUUUAAUUCAAGCCUUGAUGGACAGAGUUACCCAAAACUUGUGCUAGUAGGAACUAGGAAGUAACAAGUACCCUGUGCGCGCGCAGCGUGCAAGAGAAAGAGUUAACAUCUUGUAAUUCUUGUGGCUGGCAUCUUAUGCUUCUCUUUUAUAUAUAAAUUGCUUUUUGGA